CUAUCAAUCGCUCCUUCCAACUAAAGUAGUCGCACCUGCACUCGUUACUACACAUAGACAAUAUACUAGAAUAAACAACAAUAUACAUAUAGCAGCCACGUCGCACAUUGUGCGCAUCGGCAACAAACACGAUCCGCGUGCUGUCUGGUCUGGUUUGCGCCAGCACAACACUCGCAUCCGAUCGCCUUGCACUGUUACUAUUAGUACUCAACGCCAACUUAUCGGCAGAGUCACUCUCGCACUCUCGCAAGCACGCACAGGCUUUAUCAUUCUGCCGCCCUUCGCAGAAGAGCCUACAUAAUGGCCACCACCUCGCCGUACGCGAAGCGCGUCAAGAUCGUGAGCGAAAACUACAAGAGCGUCCAAUUGCUGGCACAACACUCCAAGAAAGACAGCUUCGACCCUACUAAGGAUAAGUUUCGUCCUCACUUUGAGGGUCUCAAUGCGAUCCUGGAGGCCUUCGAGCAAGACAAGACGAUGACUCCAGAGUUCAAGCAAUCAUGCCAGAUCGACAAACUCCUCAGGUUGAUCUGCGGUGAUGCACGCUAUCACUUUCCUCAACAAUAUGUGGAAAGAGCUAAGGCAUUAAAUGAGCACUUCGAAGCCAUGAACUGGGGUGGCCUUGCAGAAAUUGAGGACGAGGAACUCAGUUCUGACGAAGGUGAUACGAGCGAUUCUGAUUCUGCUGGUCCCUCUGAGCGUGCACCUAAGCGUCGCAAGAUGUCGGUCGCUCGGACUAAACAUGUCAAGGCCUCGGGUACUGGCAGGAUAGUCCAACCACCCGUCGACCACCCUAUCUGGGGCACCGGUGGCAUCAUGCACGGAGUCGCACUGCGUAUUCAGUCAGAUGGCUCACUGUCGAAGUGCCUCAACCCACUCUAUGAGGGCGAAAAGAAGGACCCCAAGGUUCAUAGCCACAAUGGCAUCCCAGUCGGUCAGUGGUACCCAAACCGCCUGGCAGCACUCUUUGCUGGCGCACACGGCGCUUCGCAAGCUGGCAUCGCUGGUAGUAAUGGAACCGGUGCCUACUCUGUAGUCGUAAGCGGCUUUUACGAGGACCUGGACAAGGAUGAAGGCGAGAUCGUGUACUACUCUGGAUCCGGAAGCCACGAGAACAAAGAUCCGAAUCAACCAGCGGAGUCUACGCUUGGUACGAGGAUCUUACAUGCUUCCUUGAAACACAAGCGGCCUAUGAGAUUGUUGCGUACGUCUAGGGCUGUCCUGCCAUGGGCACCUGCUGAGGGACUGAGAUACGAUGGUUUGUAUAGAGUUGAGGCAAUGGAUAAGCCGAAGAAUGGGAAGGGUGGGUUGUACGAGCGAUUCAAGUUGGUAAGGAUCGCAGGCCAAUUGUCCUUGGACGAAUGCAGGAAGCGACCAACGAGGCAAGAGCUGAAGGACUACAACCAAAUCAAUCAUGGCUACUCUGGCUUCGGCCAGAACCAUUUGGUUCAGUGAGUUGCAGCCCGUGGCAUAGGAAAAAAUGGAAAGUGAAGCCGUUGUGCUCACUUGAGUAAAAAUGCACGCAGAGGUGACGUUUAGUCCCGUGACUGUGAAGUCUGGUAUGAGGGGAUUAGAUAAACGGGUGCGAUGUUCAUGUCAUGACUCUUACAGACUGAUUUUGCAGAGUCAAAGGUCCAUAGAAUGCGAUGAUGACAAUUUUUUUCGCGCC